UUUAAAAGCAGGUGGGGUGAGAGAAUCCCAACUCUUUGUCGUGUGCCCUAAAGAAAAACCCCUUCCCAAUUUCAGCUGCUGUUUAUUUUCAGAAAACCCCUCCUUAGCCCCUGAAAUCCAACUUUUCUCUUCACUUUCAUCCCUUUUCUUAAUCUUCUUCUUCGGAAUUAGGGCUUCACGAUUCUCAGAUAAUGAAGCACACGGCGACGAAGAAGAAGAAGAAGAAGAAGCGAUCACGUGCGAAGAAAACGCCUGCGGUCAACGAUUCGUCACGUGGCACAUCAGGCCAGCAGGACUUGCGGCGAGAGGAAGAAGACAAUGAAGAACAAAAAAAGUCUCUCAACUCGUUAAUGAAAGCCUUUUGUUCGAUCUCUCUAGAACAAGCCACGUCAGCUUAUAACCAAGCCAAAGGCGUUUUGGAUAAAGUGGCGGAAAUGCUAUCCAAUUUGAUUGAUAACGAUAACGAAAGUGAAGACCCGGAGCCGUCGACGAGCUCGAUCUCUAGUGGGUCGUCUUCGUCGGGUUCAUCUGGGUCGGAUUUUGCCGAAACGGUUUGCACACAGAAUCCGAAUAGCUUGAGGGGACGAUGCAGAGGUGGAAAGCAGCAGAAGCGAGUGGUGGCGGCAAUAGGGACGGUUUCGACGGUUCUCGGGAAAGAGUACGUUAAGGCAAGACCACGGCGGGACUCGGCCGCAGAGGCGGCGGCGAGAUCGGUGUUGGUGAAAGAAGAGGCGGAGCAGUUCUUAUUCUCAAUGCUUGGAGACGAGAGUGAACUUGGCGUGGCUGUUGUUCGAGAUGUUUUAUGUCAGUGUGGAUACAAUGUGGAGAAGGCUUUGGACGCAUUGCUGGAUUUAUCUGCUUCCUUCUAUGAACAAUCCAAGAAGUAUAAUGACAAUGUGAACAAUAGACAAGAUACAGGAUUCCUCAGUGAAUUUGCUGACCAUUUAACAGAUAGGGCACCUGAUUGCAUGUCCAAUUCAUCAGAAAGUGAACUUCAAGAUAGUAUAGGGUCAGUGGGCUUUGGUUGCAGGAAUUACUCGAAGGUUAUUGCUAGUUCUGACACUCUGCUACCAUCUUGCCCAAGGAGUAACGUGUUGAAUCUCCCUCAGGAGGUGUUGGAUUCUUUAUUUAACAUCCCCAAGAGUUCCAAACAAAAACCUAGCACAAUGCAUUGGAGGAAUGUAGUCAAGAAGUUGCAGUCAUUGGGACCUGGGAUUGAUGUUUGUACAUCUAGUGUUGCAGAGCCUCAGCAGGAUAUCUAUGCUAAGGGAGAUGAAUAUCACGAAUUUAGAAUGACUGCUAAAGAGCAUUGGGAUUCCAUGAGAUCAUACCAUCAGAAGGCUGCUACAGCUUAUUCAAAGGGGGAAUGGGGGUAUUCUGCUUAUCAUUCUAAUCAGGGGAAGAUACAGACUAAAUUGGCCAGGGAAGCAGAUGAAAGGGCAAGCCAGGAUAUAUUUGAAGCUAGGAACAAAGGCUUUGAAAAUGUGAUAACAAUUGAUUUGCAUGGGCAACAUGUCAAACAAGCGAUGAGACUUUUGAAACUGCAUCUUCUAUUUGGAACCCAUGUUCCUUCGGUUCGGACUCUGAGGGUUAUCACUGGAUGUGGGACGCAUGGUAUGGGGAAGUCAAAACUGAAACAGUCGGUCAUUAAGCUUCUUGAGAAGGAAGGUAUUCAGUGGAGUGAAGAGAACUGCGGAACUGUGCUAGUUAAGGUUGACCAAUACAGAGAGUUCAGCUUUUUAGAUUCCGAUAGUGACACCGAGUAAAUUAAUUUUGUAAUAUCAACCACAUGUUUUUCUCUUCACCCCCUGUAUAAGAAAGACUAGGAUGUAAUGUAACAUGGUUAAUGUGGUAUUUUAACACCAGCUAUCAGGUGUUCAUAUGUAUAUUUAUACAAGUCCAUGUAUUCUCUAUAGGUAGGUGAAAGCUUCUCGAAGAUGAAGCUUCCAUGUUCCUGUAUGUUGAGUUUAGCGAAAUCAUACCUGUACAUUGCUUAAUAAACAUAGACUAUGUUCUUUUGACUUUAAUUAGAACCUCAAUAUUUUGGGGACAUGUCCUGUUCUUGCU